UCUUUUCUACCAAUCUCUUUACGCCGCAUAGGGUUUCUCUGCGUUUAGGUGAAAUUUUGAAGAUGAAGAAGAAGAAGCAAAAGGUUGUUACAGAUGGUCAAGAUUUGGAGUCUGUGAUCCACGACCAUACCCUGUUCUUUGAUAACUUGAUUCAGCAUAUUCCAUCCAAGUUUUAUUUGCCAAUUGAUGAUGAUGAGAAACCAUGGUUUCAGGGUCUCAGCAAAGCCGCAAAAGCUGAGGCAAAGAAAGAAACUAAGGAGAAUAUCAAGAAGUCUCGCAGAGAUCGAUUAGACCCUGAGAAACCCUCUGCAACUACACUUGACAUUCUCAAGCAAAGCUUGGGAAAAGGGAAUGACAGUGAUGAAGAGAAGGGUGCGGUUAAGCCUGUCAUGUCUGGGCCCGAAGGAGAUGAUCGGUCUGUGACUUACGAAGGACUUCGGCAAAGGCUCCAUCGCAAACUUUUGGAGUUUCGGGCAACUCGUUAUAAUGGGAAUUCCGAGAAAGCUAAGAAGGAUGAUAGAAAUGCUAAGAGAGGAUUUAAGGACAGGAAACGCAAGAGGGAUAAUGAGAAUGAUGAAAGUAACCCUGCGGGCCAAGAGUUGGCGGUGAAAGAGAAGAAGGAUGCCGCCGAGGCCUCCAAGGAGCUUGUCUUUGGCCAUGUUAAACUUCAGAAUGAAGAAGUGCAAGGGAAGAAGAAAAGAAAGGUUUCAAAGCAUAAGAAACUUGAAAGGGCUAAGAAGUUAGAGGAAGUGGAGAAGAAAGAUCCUGAGAAGGCCAAAGCUUUUGCUGAUAAGCAAUCAUGGAAAGCGGCAAUGGAUAGAGCUUCCGGGAUUAAGGUCCAUGAUGAUCCCAAACUGUUGCAAAAAAGCAUAAAUAAGGAGAAGAAGAGGCAGCAGAAAAAUGCAGAGAAAUGGAAGGAGAGGGUUCAAACAAGGGACCAGUUGAAGGCAGAGAAGCAGCAAAAAAGGUCAGAAAAUAUAGCUGAGAGGAUUCAUCAGAAGAAAAUGCGUAAAAUUGCAAAAAGAGAGAAAAAGCUCAUGCGGCCCGGCUUUGAAGGUCGCAAAGAAGGUUUUAUUAAUGAUGGUUCCAGCUAACAUGUCUUUGAAGUUUACUGAUUUGUGCCUUUUCCUUACAUUACGUUCUUGCUUUCAAAGAAUCCGGGCAUUUGCAUUGUUAGAGAAUGAGAAUUCAAGGGGGUAAAAAAUUCACCUUGCGGGGGAUUUUGGCCAGUUUAGAGUAAGUAUUGAACUCCACAAUAAAGUAACACUUGUCUAUUUUUUUUCCCAUUGAUAUAUGGUAAAUUUUGAUGCUAUCGGGUACUGUCUUUUGUUUCCUCAUCGAUAAUCAUCUACUAUUUCUCCGCAAUUCACUUUUCAACAACUAAUCUGCAUUUAAAUUAAAAUUGGCCUUGCUAUCGGGAUGCUUAGUAUACAACUCUUUACCACAAUAACUGACAUUAUCGGUAUGAUAUCAUAAUUGGUUUGACAGCAAUUAUAUCGAGUCUGGACUAGGAUUUUGCUCUCUGACCUUAG